AUGUUUUUAGGAUAUACGAAAGGUGUGCACACAUUUGUUGACUAUUGGGAAUUCGAAGACAAAAAAACAAUGAGAAAAACAAACCGAAAAACAAAAACAAUGACGGCAAAGCCUAUUAAACACAAAUAUUCUGACACAAUUGAAACUUCGUGUGCAACAAAUUUGGAACAAUUAAAGACUCGUUAUAUUCAUCGAGUUACCCUUACAGGGCUGAGUGAAAAUAAAAGAUACGGUACUUUAUUUGUUGAAAAAACAAAUUUUUUAAUCAAAAAUUUGACAGAAUAUCAAGUUGGAUAUUUCAAACCUUCCAAGAUUCGCGGGGUAGAGUGCACAAUCCCGCAAUCUUUUUCUGAGGGAAAAGAUCCUCGCCAUUGUAAAAAAGUGACAAGGAAAGACGUCUUCAAUUUUUUCAUGUUCCCUUGGUCAAACCCUGGCGAUUUUGAUUUUACAAUUGCAAUAUUUGGAGAUUUGGGAUUGAAAAAGCCGGGUGCAAAUGUUUCGGAUAAGCUGUCAUGGAGAAGUCCCAAAUAUGAUAAGCUUGCUCCUCAAGCAUUCGAAUCCUUAAUAGAGCUUGUUCACAGAAAUGCUAACCCAACCCAUCCGAUGCUUAAUAAAUUGAAACAUCCUAUUCACAAGUCGCAUUUGGAUGAAAAAAGUAGUGGAUUUAAAAUGCAAAGUGUUCAGCUUAUUUUACAUAUAGGUUUUUUAAUCUUAAAGAUGUUUAAAUAA